UGCCUUAAAUUAAAAUUUACAUGUUAUUUUCAAUUUCUUAAUUUGUUGGUGAGAAAAAUUAGUCAAGUGGUAGUAAUGGGAGUCCUAUUAUUGGCUAUGUCAAAGGAGUUACGUGGUAAUGACAUCUUUUAAAAGGCAGUCUUGGUGGCCUUGCAGUUCAUGCCAUUCCUUCAUCUUGUAAUCUGAGCCUCUGUUUCCACUAAACUAUCCAAGAUGUUUGAGCCUUUUUUGGGAAUCUGGAAACUUGUCUCUAGUGAAAACUUCGAUGACUACAUGAAGGAACUAGGAGUGAGUUUUGCCACCAGAAACGUUGGAGGAUUAGCCAAGCCCAGUGUAACUAUCAGUGCUAAAGGCAACGAGAUGACCAUCAAAACAGAGAGCUCAUUCAAAACCACGGAGAUCUCCUUCAAGCUGGGUGAGGAGUUUGAUGAAGUCACAGCAGAUAACCGGAAAGUGAAGAGCAUCAUAACGUUGGAAAAUGGCUCCCUGAUCCAGGUGCAGAAGUGGUAUGGCAAGGAGACAACAAUCAAAAGACAAAUUGUAGACGGGAAAAUGGUGGUGGUAUGCAUCAUGAAUAAGGUUGUGAGCACUAGAAUCUAUGAAAAAGUAUGAAGAGAUUUCAAGUAAAAAUUGCAUCCUGAACUUGGAAAAAAAGAAGCAUCAAUUACCCAGCAAUAAGAAUAGUGAUUUACUCAACAUCAAUUUAAUCAAUAAA